AUGCACCUGUCGUCCGACAUGAGCGGCGCCAACGUCGACGGAGGCGGCGGGGGCGGCGGCGCGUUCGGGGGCCUGACGGCGGACGUGUUGGCCGAGCGGACGCUGGACGGGCUGCUGGCCGAGCACCCGGGGGAACUGGUGCGCACGGGGAGCCCGCACCUGGUGUGCACCGUGCUGCCGCCGCACUGGCGCUCCAACAAGACGCUGCCCGUCGCCUUCAAGGUGGUGGCGCUCGGCGACGUGCUGGACGGCACCCUGGUGACGGUGCGCGCCGGCAACGACGAGAACUACUGCGCCGAGCUGCGCAACUGCACCGCCGUCAUGAAGAACCAGGUGGCCAAGUUCAACGACCUGCGCUUCGUCGGCCGCAGCGGCAGGGGGAAGAGCUUCACGUUGACGAUCAUCGUUGGCUCGUCGCCGCCGCAGAUGGCGACGUACAGCAAGGCCAUCAAGGUGACGGUGGACGGACCGCGGGAGCCCCGCUCCAAGACGCGCCACCAGCAGUUCCACCCAUUCCACUUCGGACCCCGGCCAUUCCACUUCGGCAGCCCGCUGGACGGGCAAAGGGUGCACGACCCGCUCGUCGGGUCUCUGCCCUUCAAGCUGUCGGGCCUGGCGCACCAUCUGGGCAUGGAGACGGGGCCGUGGGCGCUGGGCCGGGGUCCCGCCUACCCGCACCCCUACCUGGGGGCGCCGUGCGCCGCGCCGCCGCCCGGCCUCCACCCGCCGCACUUCCCGCACGUGCUGGCACUCACCGCCCCCGACCAUCUCUCGCCCUCGCGGCUCGCCGCAGGUAAGCACCACAUCUCACUAGAGAUGUCUACUGGCUGUUCUGACUAUUGUAACUAA